UCUCUGUGUCUGGAACUGUGAGUCCCAAAGAAAACACUCUCAUCAACAUCAUCUCUAAAAUUUCGAUAAUGGAUAUGGAUUCUUCCCAUCCCAACUGGCUCGUCUUCUCGCUUUCCAACAACACUCUUUUCCAACACCCCUUCAACUCCAAUCCUAGUAGCAGCAAUACUAGUGCAGUGGUUCAUCAUCAGGAUAAUGGAAGCAGCGGCGGCCCCAAGCUGGAGGAUUUCUUGGGCAGCUCGGCCGCCGGAGCUGCGGUGGCUCAGUUCGACGGCAUGCCAGAGAUGGAGAUGUAUGAUGACUCUGAGCUCAAGACAAUAGCUGCUAGCUUCUUGCGAGGAUUUUCCGCUGAACAAACCGAUAAUAGCCCCCGGAAACAGAUUGUGGCUGCUCCGCCAUCUGAUCCGCCGGCCAAGAAAGCCGUCGAAUCAUUCGGCCAGCGCACCUCAAUCUUUAGAGGAGUUACCAGGCAUAGAUGGACUGGAAGGUAUGAAGCUCACUUAUGGGAUAAUAGUUGCAGAAGAGAAGGGCAAAGUCGGAAAGGAAGGCAAGUUUAUUUGGGUGGAUAUGAUAAAGAAGAGAAAGCAGCGCGUGCUUAUGAUCUCGCCGCCCUCAAAUAUUGGGGUCCGACCACCACAACUAAUUUUCCGGUAUCCGAUUAUGAGAGGGAAAUGGAGGAAAUGAAGCACAUGACAAGGCAGGAAUUCGUUGCAUCACUUAGAAGAAGAAGUAGUGGGUUUUCUCGAGGUGCCUCUAUUUACAGAGGAGUAACAAGGCAUCACCAGCACGGUCGGUGGCAAGCAAGGAUAGGAAGAGUCGCCGGAAACAAAGAUCUCUAUCUUGGCACUUUCAGCACUCAAGAAGAAGCAGCAGAGGCUUAUGACAUCGCUGCAAUCAAAUUCCGUGGCCUAAACGCCGUCACCAACUUCGACAUGAGCCGUUACGACGUCCGGAGCAUCGCUAGCAGUAAUCUACCGAUUGGCGGGGCUAACACCAAGCCCAAAACAACGACAGAAUCAACGCCCGAGAACAAGCCCUCACAAGGCAAAAGUAAAGAAGAGCUCUCGUUUCCAACGUCGACCAUAAAUUUCGCGCUUCCCGUGAAGCAUGAUCACUCGGCUAGUUUGUGGGCCGCAUUAGGGUACCAAAAUUCAACCGAUUUGAAAAACCCUAAUCACGGCGGCCUUUUUCAAGACUCGAGCAGCAGUGGUGCGACGCAGUUUGGCGUGGAGUUUCAACCUACCGAUAAUGAAGGUUUGUACAAUGGGUGUGGGUACAAGUACCAACAGCACGGCAGUGUCGUCGGCGUCGCACUGCAGAAUCGUACAAGUCAUGAAGCGGUGGUUGUGAGCAACGGUGGGAACUGGAUUCAGCCGGCGAUAUUUGGGGUGGAGUAAAAAGACCAAAAAAAAAGGGAGAUGGUGAUGUUAGAUGGAAACAAGGGGAGGUGGGUUGGUCAAAAAAGGAGCCUUUGCUUUUCUGCAUGGGACUAAAAAUGCAAUGGGAUUUACAAUCAUUUCACUCA